AUGUGUUCAUCUCAACCAAUACCUUUAUUUGUUAUUGAUACUUACGCAUUGAAUAACAAUCAACAAUCAAUAAAAACUCCUAAACAAUCAAUAUCGAAUAUUUCACGUUCAUGGAGUUUACCAAACUGUAAUGAAACUUAUAAAGAUUUAUGUGGUGCUAUACAUUAUGCAUUUUCAAAUCAUUUACAUAAUUUUUUAAAACAAUCACAUUCAUAUCCAAAUAAUUAUCUUUUAAAUUAUUUAAACUUACGUGAAAAAAAAUUUCCUAUAAAAUCUCCAUCAACAUCAAUUCAUUGUAAUAUAAAUUUACUUGAUCCAAACAAUGGUACACAAACACCAAGUUGUUUAUCAUCACGUUAUUCAAUGCAUGGAAGUUUUUUUGAUUUAUCUGAAAGUGAUUAUUAUCCACCAUCAGAUCAGCAAUUUAUUAAAUCAAAUAAUAAAUUAUUAACCAUUGAUGGACAUCCAUUACUAAUUGUUGAUCCUUUUACUCGAUUAUCCACAAAUACUUAUCAAGAUAAAUGUACUGAUUGGCUUCAUCAUCUGAAUAUAAAUCCUACUUAA